UAUCUGUUGGUCACGUGACAUUCUAAAAUCAGGUUAGAGCUUGCCUGGUUUCAGUAAGAGACGGCCUGAAAUAUAGAUAUGAAAAUCACAGGCGAAACUCUGACUGUUUUAUGAAUGAUGACUGCUAGGACUGCUGACGAACAGACCAACACUUGCCGACAUCGUUCAUAAACAAAUACAUCAACAAAAGGUAUUGGGCGAUAAGGACUUAAGAGGCCCACUCAACUGAUUGGAACAUUUCAAGUAAGUUGGACAGAAUCUUGUGCACACGGAUGUAUCGUAAUUUAAGGCUGGGAAUAAAGACGCAAGUUAGAGCCGAUUUUACUUUACAAGAAUAUUUAUGGUUUAAUUAAUUUACCUUUUUUAAAAAAAAUUUAAAUGGCAAAGUGUACCAGUGAUCCAGGGAAAUAACUUUACAAUCAAAAUUAUUAUGUUAGUUACAUCCCUUUUUAAAGUGAUAUGAAAUUUUACUUUUUUUUUUUUUUUUUUUUUUUUUUUUUUUUUUUAUGUUGCUCUACUCCUUAAAAUAAUCUAUACUUUUUCUACUGCACUUUUUUAAAAUGUUGAAGAGUUUUGAGACAUGAUACUUUUAUCGAUUCAAUUAUCUGACUUAAUUUCAUUUAAGGUCAUUGACAUAUCGAUUCGGCGUCAUUUAGAAAGAUGUUGCCCCUUGCCGUCUGUUGGUUAGUGAUGCAGUGCUACGUCACGACCUUGGCCGCGUCACUGCGCCAGAAUCAAACGUGGCCAUCGAGGGUGUACCCCGGCCACCUGGCCUUUCCUGACCACCAGGACUUUUACUAUAUCGGCAAACAGCUGGACGGCGAGCUGAUGUCCCCCUUUGAUCCAAGAUACUGUAAGUUAUUUUUUUUUUGGGGGGGGGGGGGGGGGCCGCAUGAACGCAGCUGAUCAAUUUGACGCUAAAUUGCGCAGCAAAUAUUGUUAAGAGUGCAUUUGAUGUACGUUGUGAACAGGAUGAAAAGUGUAUGAAAAUAAAUGGUUUCCCUAAAAUUAUAAGUAUGAUUUUUUUUAAAAAUAGUUAACGUAAAGUUGUUUUAAAAAGUUGUAAACAGCUACACAUAUAUGGGUUUCAUUAAUGACACGGAUGCACACAGUUCAAUUUGAAAAGUAUCGAUAUCCUAAAUCGCCUAUUAGUUUUGCAACUAUAUUUUACUAAAUAUUUUUUUUUUAAUUUUGAUUUUGCUCCGAUAUGGAACACGAGACAUUUUUUUGUUUUGUUUAAACGUCUCGCGGCAAGUUGGAUCCGAGGGUACGACUUCGAUAAUUGUAAGUCAACAUUUGUCUCUUCCUUGUGGAUGUCUGUCUGACUACACGGCCUGCUCAGCUAUUUAGUGUCUUCAUAUUUUAGCGUAUCACCCCAGUACCAACACUCCCCCACCCCCCCCCCCCCCCCAAUUGCUUCGAUGUCCUAAAUCCACUGUCACAGAAUGAUCAAUACAUUGAUCAUGAGUCCUCAAAAUAUAGGAGCAGAAGAAGGUUCAAUUACUAAACAAAUAAGGAAGAAUUAAAAUUAAAUUCAUUUGGUGUUUGUAUAAUAAAUUCAACUAAUAAAAAAUAGCCCUUUUGUAUCUUUUGUUUGGUCUUUUGGUGUAUAAAGCUCGUAGAGCAUGUCCAUGUCUUAAGACGGUGGUUCUCAACCUGUGGGUCGUAUGACCCUUACACUGGGGUCGCCUAAGACCACCAGAAAACAAAUAUUUAUGAAGUAGCAAUGAAAAUAAUUUUACGGUUGGUGGGAUCACCACAACAUGAAGAACUGUAUUAAAGGGUCGCGGCAUUAAUGACCCUUACACUGGGGUCGCCUAAGACCACCAGAAAACAAAUAUUUAUGAAGUAGCAAUGAAAAUAAUUUUACGGUUGGUGGGAUCACCACAACAUGAAGAACUGUAUUAAAGGGUCGCGGCAUUAGAAAGCUUGAGAACCACUACACUAAGACAAAGCAAAAUGUCAUCUGACAAAUGUCUGGUGAGCCAAUCCCCCCAAUUUUAAUUCGUCUCCGCAUCAGUGAAUGCCUCCUACAGCCACAACCUACGGACCACAAAACUCCCCGGGUUCAUCAUACUCCCCAAGACCGUGGAAGACGUCCAGAGGGCGGUCCUCUACGCCCGCAGGCACAACCUGCACCUGACCGUCCUUUCCUCCGGGCACGACUACAUCGGGCGCAGCAACCACGACGGCAGCCUCAAACUGCUGAUGACGUCCAUGAACAUGGUGACGGUGAAACUGGAUUCGGCCCGCAACAAGGCCGGCGAGGUCAAAGUUCAGACCGGCGCGUCCUGGCUCACCGUUUACACGGAAGUGAGUGAAAUGUGAGGUAGAAGCCAGAGUACUUGUACAUAUAUAACAUAAUGUACAAAGACGGUUCUCAAAUUAUAUUACUGUUUUAAAUAUCACGAAGGAAAUAUUUUAACUAUACAGCAUUAUCACUCUUAUUUUUAAAGUGAUUUUUUCAGAUGAAUUAACGUUUUGCUGUCCACUAGCUAUUUUUUAUUACAUUAUUUUGGUAUGUUUAUAUAAUUUAAAUAGUUAGCAAUUUGAAGGCAAUAAGAAUAAGAAAUGCAUAAAUCAUGCAGAUUCAUUCUGUGGCAUUUUAAAAUUGCGGAAUCGUGUUUUUUCUUCUUCUUUAAAAUAGUAAAUAAGCUUGACUGUGCCAACUUUUUCUCUCGAAAUUAUUGAAAUCCAAUCCGUUUUACUCAUGUAUUCAAUAAGAUAUGUACGAAACGUAUAGGUCUGAAUUGUGAUCUCUCUCUAGGGGAUCCCGUACGAUUUUUAGUAAACAAAAUACUCUCCGGGAAAUUUUUUGCCAUCUCGCGAAAUCGCGAGUACACACUUUUGGGAAUACAAAUUUUCUCUCGAUUUUUAAUUCACAGAUUGUCACAAAUUUUCGUUACGUGCCAAGACCUGUAAAAUCUAGUCAACUGCGCCGAAUCACUAAGCUCAGUUGCUCUAGUACAAUGUUCUCACGCGUUUCAAAUCAAGAUUCGUGUAACCCCCCCCCCACCCCCAAACCCGGAGAAAAAUGUGUACAACACUAUAAAGAUUAUAUUUUUAAAAAAAAACAACAGCUAAAAACAAAUAAUUUUCUUUUUUAAACAGAUUUUAAAAUAUUAAUAUUUGGUGCCUUUAGCCGAUUACCCUUAGUUGAAUAUAUGAAAUAUCGCUGCGCUCGAUAUAUUUUAUGAUCUGUAUAUUUAAGUAUAGUCUUGUUAAAGGUCACCGGAAAAUUUGAUCGAAAGAAGUUUCGUCGACGGUAAAUUGUUCGACGGAAAUUUAAUGAAACGUAAAUUUGGUCGAAUCUUUUUUUUUUCUAUUCACACGUUAAAAUUUUCAAUUCCCAUCAAAUUUCGUUUUGAACGCACUAUGCUAUAAAGUAAAAGAAAAUUUGUUGAAAAUAAGUUUUCAAAGCACCAGUAACAUUCUGUGCAUGUUCACCCACAGGUCGAUAAGGUACGAGGACCAGACGAGGCGGGCACGAAGACCACAGGUCGUGUCGUGGUCGGAGGAAGUGCACACACCGUGGCCAUGGGCGGAUACACUCAAGGGGGAGGCCACAGUCCGAUCGGACGGAUGUUUGGACUCGCGGUUGAUAAUCUCCUGGAGGCCACCGUUGUCACAGCUGACGUGUGUAACUAUAGCUACGAUACGAGGCACGCACCCACACAUCCUUAUAUUCACACACCCUCACAUUUACUUAUCCUUACAUCCUCAAAAAUUCACAUCCUCACAUCCAAACAUCCUCACAAUCUCACAUCCGCAUAUAAUCACAUCCACAUAUGUGAACACCCAUACAUCUUAAAAUCCACACGUCCUCACAACCUAAAAAUCUCACAUCCUCACAUCCACACAUGCAAACAUCCACACAUUAUAACAUCCACACACCCACGCAUCAUCACAUCUACAUCCUCAUGUUCAAACAUGCUCACAUCAACACAACCUCACAUGCACGCAUCCUAACAUCCUCGCAUCCAGGCAUCCUUACAUCCUCACAAUUUAACAUCCACGUAUCCUCACAUUCUAAAACACACACAUCACCACAUCCACAUAUCCUUACAUCCUCACAUCAUCAAAUCCACACACCCAACUGUCCCUUUUAUCUGCACCGUCUAUCGUGUGCUUUAUUGAGAACAAUUUUUAAAUUAUUAUUAAACCAGCUAUUUGUUAUUUUUUGUCAUGAUUCUAAAUUUGAAGCAAAAUUUUAACGUAAAAACUGAAAAUAGAUUCGACCAAUAUUCCGUUCGAUCAAAUUACCGUCGAUCAAUUUACCGUCGACGAAAUUUCUUUCGAUCAAAUUUACGGAUACGGGUGUAUGUGGAUAUGUGGAUGUUUGAAUAUGUGUGUGUGUGGGUAUGUGGAUUUUUUUAUAUGUGGAUAUUUUGAUAAGUGGAUAUAUGGAAAUGUGGAUGUUGGGAUGCGUGGAAGUAUAGAUAUAUGGAUUGUGGAUGUGAGCACCCGAAGAUGUGCAAAUCACGUCAGAAUGGCUCCGCAAGGUUAAUACUGAGCUGUCUAAAAGUAUCUAAACAAUUUUCAAUAUAAAAUGGUCCUUUUAAAUGUAAACCCAUGGCCUAUAUUUUAGGGAGUCUUAACCUUUUUGCAGCUCUGAGCCCCCUCUUGAUUUGAAAACAUAAUUCCUGCACCCACAGGUGCCUCUGAUUAAGAGCCACGCAUACACUGAAGCCAGUGUAAUCCUGACUACGUGUGCGGGCGGAGCUAUGUUAAGGACAAUAAAAAUGACGUCAUACAAUGGUUUAUCCUAGACUUAUGUCAAUAAAGGAAACACUUGAUCAAAAUAUUGCAUGUGUGCAAAGUUCUUUGCCGGGCUAAUGGAGAUGACUAAACGUGUGAUUUUUGUCUCCCUCCCCCAAGGGAAAAGUUCACACUGUCAAUUCUUCUAUGACGGUGACACGUGACUUCGAUGGCUCCCUGCACUACUCCAGCGACGUCGACAUCUUCUGGGCCCUGAGAGGGGGUGGCGGUGGCACUUGGGGCGUGGUGGUCGACUUCACCUUCAGGUUGCACUACCCCCCCGAGAGGUUCCGGAACGUCCUGGCUGUCAUCCCACUUUUUGACCGCAACGGUAAGCAUGCCGACAGAGGCGCAACGGUAAGCAUGCCGACAGAGGCGCAACGGUAAGCAUGCCGACAGAGGCGGGCGCACACUGCACAAUAAUCGUCAGAGAUGGCCAGUUCGUAGAACAUUUAAUUUUUUUUUUUAAUAUCAGUUAUUGUCUAAGCAAUCUUUCUCUUCACUUAGAGUGCAUAUCUAUAUACACACAUAUCAGUUUGAUAAUUGAAUUCUAACGUUAAAAUACCUGCUUGGCGGAAUAUUACGGGGCUAAACAUUCGUACCCACUGCCGUGUGGGUUAUCUGGGCGUGACGAGUCGGCGCCUUUCAGACAGAUUGAUUGAACACCUUCGAAAUACUGCGCAUGAUCAACAGUGUCCUAUUUCUAAAUGGUUCCGUAAGAUUACCACAAGGUACAAGCGAUUUGAUAAUUACUGUCAUUGUUUCUUGUGCUAACAUCAAUAGAUCAAAAUGACAUAGAAGAUGUUAAAGUAACCAAAGCUAUGUCUGGUGCUGAAUGCUAGACUGACCAUCGAUUAGUAAUUUAAAAAUUAAAGUUUCAUGUCAUACCCACGAGAAGUCCUCAAGACCAGAAAUUUAAAACAAAGCUAAACGUGCAAGAAGCUUAAGUCUGAAGAACCGGGUGACAAUUUUUCCAUUGAACUCACACACAGGCUGGGCGAUUAUCGCUGGGGAAAAUGAAAGUUUGAGGAACCCUGGUAGAAAAAAAAGCUUGGUUCAGGUUUAGGUUUAUGUUUAGGUUUAUGUUUAGUGUAGGUUUAGGAUUAUGUUUAGGUAUAGGUUUAGGGUUAUGUUUAGGGUUAUGUUUAGGUGUAGGUUUAGGGUUAUCUUUAGGUGUAGGUUUAGGGUUAUGUUUAGGUGUAGGUUUAGGGUUAUGUUUAGGUGUAGGUUUAGGGUUAUGUUUAGGUGUAGGUUUAGGGUUAUGUGUAGGUGUAGGUUUAGGGUUAUGUUUAGGUGUAGGUUUAGGUUUAUGUUUAGGUGUAUGUUUAGGGUUAUGUUUAGGUGUAUGUUUAGGGUUAUGUUUAGGUGUAUGUUUAGGGUUAUGUUUAGGUGUAGGUUUAGGGUUAUGUUUAGGUGUAGGUUUAGGGUUAUGUUUAGGUGUAGGUUUAGGGUUAUGUUUAGGUGUAGGUUUAGGGUUAUGUUUAGGUGUAGGUUUAGGAUGUAGGUUUAGUGUUAUGUUUAGGUGUAGGUUUAGGGUUAUGUUUAGGUGUAGGUUUAGGGUUAUGUUUAGGUGUAGGUUUAGGGUUAUGUUUAGGUGUAGGUUUAGGGUUAUGUUUAGGUGUAGAUUUACCUUUAUGUUUGGGUUUAUGUUUAAGUUUAGGUUUAUGUUUAGGUUUGGCUAAAUUGAAUUUGAAUUUAUUCGCCGUUUGCUCUUUAUGAUUUGCUGUCAGCAAUUUUAAUAAUUUGUAUAUUGCACCAAACUAUUGUCAUUAUGAUUCAGUCUUUCACACAAUUUGUGUCAUAAUGAUUCAGUCUUGCACACAAUUUGUGUCAUUAUGAUUCAGUCUUGCACCAAAUUGCCGUCAUUUCAGGUCAGGCCAUAAACAAGAAAGCCGUGAAGGACGCCCUCAUCGUCGUGAACGACCUCUCCCCCAACUGGGGUGGCUAUGUUCACAUAGGAAACGAUCCGUUGGAAAACUCCCCUUUUACUGGAAUCUUCUCGGUGUUCCUAAAUCAUUUUGGGGCGAACACGUCUUCUUCAAGCAGUGAGGUGAGUUUUAUGUGUGAUGGGUGUGUGUGCCCAAACUUUAAACGCCACAAAAGGAUUAAAAAAGGUUUCUAAUAUUUUUUUAUUUAUUUUAAAAACCUACAUACCCUUUCCUUUAAUCAUAUUUAAAAUGAUUGUAGUAAUUUAUUUUAAUUUGAUUAAAACUUUUUCUCCCUAUCAUAUGAUCGAUUUUAAAAUUUAAAAAAAAAAUCUCCCUUUUCUUGCUCGCAAUAUUUUAAAUACCAGCUAAAGAGGCACUAGGGAAGAUGACGUGAGCCGUCUUGUCAACGUAAAUAUGAACACAAUAAAAUGAUUAAGACCAUGUAAUACAUUUUUACGGAUGGUUCCACAAAUAUUUGACUGGUCCGCCCAUGACAGAUGCUGUUUCUUUGACCUCUAGAUUGACCGGCUGCUGAACCACCCGAGCGUCAUAUAUAAAGAAGACCAUUUUUAUCCAACCUUCCUGGACUACGAGGUAAGAGCAAGUAGCAAGUAGCUUCAACACUGUAAUGACGGUCUUCUUUAAUAGCACAGGGGCCCGUGUGGGGGCCGUCCUGACGAGUGGGCAUCACCAACGUGCCGCUCCGCGGCCCGAUACGUCGGACCGGGGAGGGGUAAUUGGGGGGGGGCAUAAGAGUCUAGACUCGCCCCGCUGACGCCAUUUCUUAAUGUAACAUUUCAAUAGCACAGUCAGUAUCAUAUCCGCACCGUCAGCAUUAGUGGCCAACCUGUCAGUAUAAGUAGCCACACUGUCAGCAUCAUAUCCGCACCGUCAGCAUUAGUGGCCAACCUGUCAGUAUAAGUAGCCACACUGUAAACAUACAUGAAUUACUAAUGUCUCGAAUAUGUAUUCUUCGAUAUUUCUUUCCUUCUGAUAUAGGGCCUAUCUAUGGAGUUUAAUUUUAUUGAUGCUUUCCUCUACUUUACAUUAUUAAAGCUUACCUUAUAUUGUUAGAGUGACACAAAUUGUUGGUGUCUAUUGAAUCUAUUUGAAAGCUUUAUUUCAGUCCAACACUUUUUAUAAUUAGUUAAGUAAAUCCUUUAAAUUAACUUUGCUUUUGUUUGUGACUGGCACAAAUUUAAGACGUCUACUUGGCUCACUUCCAUUGGCCCUAUCAAACCCAAACUUUGCAGGUGCACUCUUUGCCAAUGACAACAUAUUUCUAUCAAAUUUUCAUCCCUUAAAAACCAAUUUUUCCUUUUUUUCAAGGAGAAGGUGAAGAAAAUAUAUGGCCAACGACUUCACAAAAUAAAAUUCCCGAUAACUGCGCUAAAUAAGAUUAUUUUUUAAAAAUAUCACAAGUGCGUUUGGUGCGUAAUAAUUUUUUUUUUCUACAAUGGUUUGUGAAAUAAAUAUGCAGUUAAAAAGUGGGUGGGCCGUUAUAAUAUUAAUAAUUAUAAAAUAACAAAAAAUUCAUACCAAGAAUUUAAACGAAAAAAAUCUUUUUAGGGGUUAAAUUAUUUCGUCUUUAACGAUCCUAAUAUUGUAUUUCGGCACUUCAUAUGAACACCUCUUCAAUACUCUGAAUAUCUCUUUUUUUUUUGUUCCCAGGUUCAUGCUAAUGACAAAGAGUUCUACAUUCAAUACAUUUUCAACAGCCUCAUCCAAAAGUCUACCAUCACAAACUCGACCACCUUGACCAGUUACGUGGACACCUUGCAUGACAUCAUUCAAGAUGGCAUCGGGUGUAUGGCCACUUUGAUUGGAGGUCAGUACCCGGAAGUGGUAACAAUGGGCACGAUUCAAAUAAUUCGUCAGCAAACAAAGUCAUAGUAUUAUCAUCCCUUUUAAAGAAAAGAAAAAAAAUUGUUUUAAAAAGAUGUUCGCUGAAUCUAUCAUGCAGUACACUACCUGUCUCACCAAAGUAGCUCAAGCGAUACCUUCGGAAAGCUAUCACAUAAAUAGCAUCAUAAUUAUUUUUUUGGAAAGUCACGGGAACAAAAUACCAAAAUACCAACGCAAGCCUUAACAUUCAAUAUUUUAACCAAAAAAGAGAGCAAUUUUUAAAAUGUUUUUAUCGUUAUUUUUUAAAAAAAUCAGGCUAUUACAAUUAUUUCAAUUUUUAAUCCACACUUUACCCAUUUCAAGUUUUUACAAUUUGGGGGUGCGGUGGGUUGGGUUGCACGGGGCGGGAUGGGGGUGUCAUCCAGGGUUUCUUUCAGCUAUAUCUCCGGGGAAGGGGGGCACUGUGCCCCCCCCCCCUGGGGAAAGCCAAGUGCCCCCACAGAGAAAAAAUAUGUCCAACAAUAAAUCAACUGGAACUCCUGGCACUGCCCCCCCCCCGAAAAAAUCUGAAGUGCCACCCCCCCAAAAUCUGAAGUAAUCCCCCCCCCCCGGGGAAAAUUUCUGAAAGAAACACUGGUGUCAACCAUAAUUGAUGACACGCAUGGUGUGUAAAUUUUGUAACAAUUUUGAAACGCUAGCGGGAGAGGGUCCCGAAAUCGGCUUAAAUAACGUAAAGUCAUGUAGGAAUGGCCCAUUAAACACUGGUGUCAACCAUAAUUGAUGACACGCAUGGUGUGUAAAUUUUGUAACAAUUUUGAAACGCUAGCGGGAGAGGGUCCCGAAAUCGGCUUAAAUAACGUAAAGUCAUGUAGGAAUGGCCCAUUCAAGAAAUAAUUAUGACAAUGAUAUAAAUUUUAAAAAAAUAUUCUUUAUGCAACAGGUAAUAUGAUUUCCUCUCCUGUGGGCAGCACCCCAGUACAUCCGGGACUUAGGUCCGGCAUUAUGGCUAAUUCUUGCGGCAAAGAAUGGCCCCUAGCAUCAGGAGCUGCCGACGAGGCAGGUAUCGAUUCGGCUUUAAAAGGGGCCCAUAAACUAUACACGUUCGGUUACGGCUCUUACAUCAACAAGCCGGCGGAGGAUAUGCCAGACUGGAAAACAAGAUUUUGGGCUGAUGAUGCAACAUACGCAAGGUUAGCCGGGAAAAAAAAAUAUCAAGUAACACUGGGAGUCUAAAUAAGUGGUAUAAGUGGUUCUUAAAUCGUAUAAGAGCACUUUGUAUAAACAUAACAAAUAUUUUGGGGAAAUCCUUAUAUAACUAAAGAACAUUAUAAAUUAUAAGUUUUGUUUCUGAUAAUUCGAAUUUUAAAAAUAAAUUAAUUAAAAAUAAUAAUUUUCACAAGCAGAUGCAACAUUUUUAAAAAGUUUGAAUUAAAAUUUUGUCAAACUAGUUUUAGAGACAUUUGGUGAUUUUGUUUCUGAUAAUUCGAAUUUUAAAAAUAAAUUAAUUAAAAAUAAUAAUUUUCACAAGCAGAUGCAACAUUUUUAAAAAGUUUGAAUUAAAAUUUUGUCAAACUAGUUUUAGAGACAUUUGGUGAAUAAGCGGUUGCUCUGAACUAUAGUUGAGUAUCGUAAUAAUAAAUGUAUUAUCUUCUUAAACUUCAUGGGUUCUUUGGGACUUUUGAGCGUUAUAGUACAAGUGAUUCCAUGGUCUCAGUUGGUUAUACACAUUCUUUAACUCAAGACCUUCAACCUCUGGAAUAACUAACAGAAAAUGGAGAAAUCAACGGUAGAUAUUUUGCCCUUUUUAAGUUCAGUUUCCCGAGAGAAAGAUAACAUUUUCCCCAUCACCUUGGUAGGCACAUUUAUUUUUCCAGCUAAGCUGGUGCCAUUUUCUGUGAGUAAUGCCCUUUAGGUACUCUUAACCUUUAUCCAUGCAUAGCCCCCCCCCCCCCCAUACCCACACUUUUUUGUUUUUCAGACUGCUUUUUCUCAAGGGAUUCCCGGAAAUCCCAGUGCUUCUUUCGCUUUCAGGUCUGACGUCGAAUUCGAUGAGAUUAAAACUGUGAGCGUGAACCCGGGCACUGACGUCAUCAUUGGUUGAUUUGCUAACAGAUCUGAACUGGGUUAUUUUGAGGACACAUGAAGAUGAAUAAAUAAAAAAAAAAUAUUUUUUUCUUCAUUCUGAAAUAUCCUGUCGUUAUUCGUUUUAGCAUAUUAAAAAUGAUAUAAAUAAAUAAAUAGAUAGAGACAUUAUUGGAUAAAUUAAAAACCGCAUAUGACAUCAAGCCAAUGGC